AUGAUGGACAUGGAAGAUAUCGAUGCGACCCCAAGGGUUCUCAGAGUGAUAAAUUCGGGUUUGAAGGAGAAUGAGGAGGAUGCAGAGAGCUCACCACAGUUAUGUGCUGAAAAGACUACGAGAUUCUCUUUGAGAUCAGUUUCGGCAUCCUUGUCUUCAAUUUGGGGAAGAAGGAAUGCCAGUACCAGCACCUCCUGCUCUCACUCCGAGUCCAGCCAAGGCCAAAGUUGGUCUGUCGCACCCGAUCUGGAUUUGGAUUUGGAUGACAACCUACCUUCACGCGGCUGCGUCUCCUUCUCAACCCUCCUCACUUCUCACAAAUCCUCUGCUCGAGCGGUCAGGAAGAAGAGACUGAACUUCGACAGAGACGUCAAGCCAUCUUGUUCACAGAGUCGCUCUUCUGUCUCCAGACUGUCCUCAAAUCAUUUCAGUCAUCCGCAAACAGCUCAGGGGCGAUUUCCCAUAGACGUGGAAGACGAGCAGUCUUCAGUGUACAGCUUCGCUUCGUUCUCGACCGAUCACUCCUCAAGGCACUCAACCAAGAUCCAUCACGAUCUAGCGAAGAGACAACCAACCACCGUCGGGGAGAGAGUCUCCACGACCAUGGCAUCAGGCCUUCCCAACGGUGUCUACACCGAUAGUGUCCCAAACCAUCAAGACUUGCGAAUUCCUGCACAUAUCAACAAUCGCGUCACAGCUCCUGCUGUUCAAGCACCCACCCUGCAAAACACCUUGGACUUUCGUGGCUCUCUUACAAAUGAGGCUUUUGCGACAACGUCUUUCCUGACUCCUGUUCAUCAGAACGAGCCGCUAGUCAAUGGGAACACAGUCCCGUCCGCUCUGCUAGUCAACGGAGAGACAAUACCCUCCGCUCCACCUCCCAGUCUCGCAAGCACAAUGUAUCCCGACGAGAUUAUUGCUCCCCCUGUCGGUCGAGAUCCUAUCCAACAUCGGUUCGAUGCCUAUCAUUCUCGUGACAACUUCAGCGACCUCACAAGAAGCUAUCAUCCCAACCCCCUGCAGCAUCCACCACCUCGGAACACUCCGAUCGUCCCAUUGCCAGCCAUUGCAGCUCUCAAGGUGGAGACCUUCGCAUUCCAUGUCUUGGAAGCAGGUGCAAAAUCGCCCAUGACCACAUAUGUCACAUUCGACCUUACUGCAGUCAAGCAAAACAAAGUCGAGACCCAAGCGCAAGCCCUUCAAUCUCAAGAUCGGUCCUACAUCCUCAUGGAAAACGAUGAAGGUUCCUUGGUUGAUCUUUCGAUCCAAACAUACGUCAAAGGCCCUGCCAGCAAACUCUUCGAGGUCGGAUUUCAAAGCAUCCAGAAGCUGCGUGUCGAAGACCGCUGGACACUUUUGCUCAAGCUCGGCGCGAAAGAGAAUACUCUGAAAUCCAAACUCUCCAGCUCCCUACGGUCAGGCACCCGAACAUCAUCAUCCCUCUCAUUGAUCGAUCAGUUCUUGGCAAGCCUUAAGAUGGACAGCAAGAGAAGCGAACCAGUGUCUGUCGAAGCAAUAAUCAAGUAUCGCCAUGCAUUCCUGCCGGAUGAUACGACUUUGGAGACACGGGCUGUGUGCCGCGUUGACUCGCUCGCUUCCGCCUCUUCAAUGGACGCGGUUGAAGCCGGAAUGCUCGCGGGCUCCAUCAUCCAUGCCCUUGAUCCAGGGGUGAACACAGUCAAGCUGCUCUCGGUCGACCGACAAGAGCGACAACACCAUCUGGAGUUGGGUGGCGGCCAGGCGCUGGCACUCAUCUACGACUUCCGACAUGCGUUGGGCCAUGUCAUUUCCGAGUCGGUAACCUGGGACCUCGCGGUCCUAGAGACCUAUUACCGACAGGUCCUGGCGUUGGAGUCGUCGCCGGCUCCAACGCGCCGAGAUACCAUUCGCCGCCGUGUGACAACGGUGGCGAAGAGGUUCUCGCCGAGGAAGUCUGGUGGUGCCGGCCCUGGCGGCGAGGGGCGCGUGGGAUAG